UGGGAAGCAGCCCGACUGCAGUGUACUCCACGUGCAUUCAAGACAGUCUAAGAUGAGUUGACACAAGGACUUUGUUGACUCCCUCUUCCCCUAAAAGGGUGUGAAAUAUUGUAUGCGCUGAUUCUUUUCAGGAGAGGGCCUUUCACUUUCAGAAGAAUCUCAGUGUUCAUUAUUCAUCAUUUUUUUUAAAGGAGAUUGCUGACCAACUUUUUAGUCUUGUGUGGCAAUGUAGAAGGCAUCUGUUUGAAUUGUAGCAAAAGUUUCUGUGGACAUCAAGAAGUCAUUUUCUCCCAGGAUGUUAAAUCAGGGGGCUGAGAGGGAACAAGGCUCCACAUUGCAGUAGUGUGGGUCCUUCAUUGCAACUGCUCUGCAUUGGUAUCUGCUGGAAGGGAAGGCCAUCACUGGCCUGGUUACAAGGGAGAACAUGUGAAAGCUAUGAUCCUCUUUUGGAAGAGGAUCUUUCCAUAGGAAUAAACCAACACAAUGGAUUGGGGUACCUUGCACACUUUCAUCGGGGGUGUGAACAAACACUCCACCAGCAUUGGGAAGGUGUGGAUCACUGUCAUCUUCAUCUUUCGUGUCAUGAUCCUUGUGGUGGCCGCUCAGGAAGUGUGGGGAGAUGAACAGGAAGACUUUGUCUGCAACACUCUGCAGCCUGGGUGCAAAAAUGUGUGCUAUGACCACUUUUUCCCAGUGUCUCACAUCCGACUGUGGGCCCUGCAACUCAUCUUUGUCUCCACCCCUGCUCUGCUUGUGGCCAUGCAUGUUGCCUACUACCGACAUGAGGCUGCCCGCAAAUUCAGACGAGGAGAGAAGAGAAAUGAAUUCAAAGAUUUGGAAGACAUUAAGAAGCAGAAGGUUCGGAUCGAGGGAGCCCUGUGGUGGACUUACACCAGUAGCAUCUUCUUUCGAAUCAUCUUUGAAGCCUCCUUUAUGUAUGUGUUUUACUUCCUGUACAAUGGGUACCACCUGCCCUGGGUGUUGAAAUGUGGGAUUGAUCCUUGCCCCAACCUCGUGGACUGUUUUAUCUCUAGACCUACGGAGAAAACUGUGUUCACUAUUUUUAUGAUCUCUGCCUCAGUAAUUUGCAUGCUGCUCAAUGUGGCCGAGUUGUGCUACCUGCUGCUGAAAGUGUGUUUCAGGAGAUCAAAAAGAGCCCAGACACAAAGAAACCACCCCAAUCAUGCCCUAAAAGAGAGUAAGCAAAAUGAGAUGAAUGAGCUGAUUUCAGAUAGUGGUCAAAAUAUAACUACUGGUUUUCCAAGUUAGACACCUCAAAGUGCAAUGUAGCCAGUUCCUAACAAAACUGGUAUCUCUCCCAAGGACCCUCUCUCUAGGCUAGAGAUUUUGUCUUUAUAAAUGGCUUUCACAAUAUAUAAAUACUGGAGUUAAUAUCUUAUAGAAUAAUUGUGCCAUUAAUAUGCAACAUGAUCACAUAUGUGGUCCAUCUCUGAAAACUAAGACAGGUUGACAACUGUGCCUUGAAAUUCCUUUCACAUGUCUGUUUUAAAUGGACCAUCUGACAUAGUGGGUAUUUCUUGAGAAUUUAAGACUGUAACUGUUGUUGAUAAAGAAUGUUAUUUAGAAAUUGAAACUUUUAUUAGUAAAAGAUAUUUUUAUAGGAUUGAAUGUUUUAGUUCUGACUUUGAAUUUAUAUAUUUUUAUAAUGACCGGUCUUCCUUACCUGGAAAAACAUAAAAUUUUUGUUUUAGAAUUAUAUCAUCAGAAUCUAAACUUUGAACUUACCGUAUCUUGUUGUAAAUAGUGUUUUGCAUCAUCUAUUGACAAGUUUAUGAACUGUCAUGAUGCUCUUCAGGUAGAAAGUGUUCAUUGUACAAUAUGUUUUUAUGGCUUUCUGAAUGUAGAAAGAGCUGUAUGGAAAUGGGAAACUUUUAAAAACUAGUCCACUUACAGUAGUUGUGAGCUCCCCUCAAUAAAGAUGAGCCCCACUGCUUAAGU